AUGCCUUACUCCACAGGUAGAGGUGGUGCUGGUAACAUACAUCACUCACACGAGAAAACCUCGGAACUGAACACAAACUCGAACGAGCUUCGAGACCAUAUACUGCCGAACCUCAGCAAUACACCAUCAAACGGUGAAGGCGAGCAGAGACCAACAUACUAUUCUACUGGGAGAGGAGGAGCAGGUAAUAUCAAGAGAUCGGACCAGCAGAUGUCAUCUCCCAAGUUGGCGCCAGUGGGAUCGGGAACUCCGCGUCUAACGACCCCGAAGGUGACGACAGGUCGUGGUGGGUUUGGAAAUAUGGUUGACAACAAAGAUCCUGAGUUGACGAGAAAGUUACAAGAUGUUGAUGAUAACGACGGUCUCACUAAGGUCAAGAGCCUCGAUUUGCAAGCUACUAAUUCCAGAGGCUUUAGUGUGGGUCGUGGUGGAUUUGGUAAUGUCAUUCUGAACUCAAGAAGUAGGUCGUCGUCGGAGCAUGAGCAAGGCGUUCCUGCGCUAUACAGUGUUUCGUCGCAUGGUGCCAAGAAGAAUAAGAAGAAGGGAGGAUUUUUGGAAAAGAUUAAAGAGAUUUUCGCUUGA